CAUGAGUGGUGGGAGUGCCACGGACUUGUUGUCCGUCCCAGGCAAGCGCGCCUCCGACAUCGAUGUGACCAAAGCCCUCAAGACCUUGAUCACGUCGACCUUCGCCGCCAGUCAAAGCUCCUCGGCGGCUUUGAAGGACGUGGACGGCACGCUCAAGGAGCUGCAACGCCUCCGCGGUCUGGCCCUCAUCAAAGGCGGAGAAAAGGGGGAAGCGCCCUUCAACGCUGUGGCCACAUACUAUGAUCAAUUGGCGUCCCUGGAGCAGAAGAUUCCCGCCCAUGAAGUGCAGAUUCCCUUCAAAUGGCGCGAUGCUUUUGACCGUGGAUCCUUGUUUGGCGGGAAAAUCAGUUUGACCAUUAGUUCGCUAUCUUACGAGAAAGCUUGCGUGCUCUUCAAUGUGGCGGCCAUGGCUUCCGCCCACGCCGCCGAGCAAAAUUUUGAUACGCCCGAGGGAUUACAAAAGGCCUUGAAAAGACUCCAAUUGGCCGCCGGGAUCUUCCAGUAUCUGAAAGACUCGGUGGUUGGUCUUAUCCAACAAGAUCCGACCCCGGAUCUCGAACCCGACACUUUAAACGUGCUAUCGGAUUUGAUGUUGGCCCAAGCCCAGGAAAUGGUCGUCCACAAGGCGAUCAAUGACAAAAUGAAGGACCAAAUCGUGGCCAAGCUGAGCUCGCAGUGUGAAGAGCUGUUCGCCAAAGUCAUGCGCAACAUGCAGAAGGACAGCUUGCGCGGCACUUGGGAAGGUCAUUGGUUGGCCAAUGUGACGGGGAAACAAGCCAUCUACAAUGGUAUGGGCCAAUACUAUCAGAGCAAAGUAUGCAACGCCAACAAGACGAUCGGCGAAGAGAUCGCCAGACUCGAACACGCCAAAUCUUCAUUUAACGCUGGUUUGUCACGAGGCGGCAAUCCUGAAAUGUGUCAUUGCAAAGAUUGGCUCAAGCGGACGGAGACUGCAUUGACCGCAGCCAGAAAAGACAACGAUUUCAUUUAUCAUGAGCGAAUCCCAGAUACCAAGUCGCUAGAGCCCGUGGGCAAAGCAUUGGUUGCUAAAGCUACUCUGCCUUUACCUUCACCUAUCGGACCUCCCAGCAAGGAUCUGUUCGAAGAGUUAUGCCCUGUGGCCGUUCAUCAAGCCUUGUCUGCCUAUGAGGGCCGAAAGCAAGACAUCAUUAACACCGAAGUCACCAAGCUAAAAGACGGCACCCAGUCCAUGAAUCAGUUGCUUGCCUCCAUGAACUUGCCCGCUGCGGUAGAAGAUUCCUCCGGGUCCGAAUUGCCCCAGAGCUUGAAGGAUAAAGCUCGAGCAGUCCAAGAGGCUGGGGGUAUGGAUAUGUUAAACAAGCUCAUUCGAGAGCUUCCCGAGCUCCUCACUCGAAAUACAGAGAUAUUGGACGAGUGUGAGCGCCUUCUCAAGGAGGAAAGGAGCUCGGAUGAUCAGUUGCGGUCUCAGUUCAAAGAGAAAUGGACUCGGACCCCUUCUGAGAAACUCACCACCACUUUCAUGACCAACGCGCAAAAGUACCGGACCAUUAUCAAUAAUGCGAAGCAGGCCGACAAUGUGGUUCAUGAUAAGCUGGAAGUCCAUAAGAAAGGCGUGGAAAUGCUCGCCAAAGGACCGAACAAUCUUCAAUCCGUCAUUCCAUCCGGUGGAGGUCAGAACGUGAAGGGAAGUCCAAAUGUCGUUAAACUCAAAGGGUUAAUGGAAGAUAUCGAGACCUUGAAGGCCGAGCGACAAGUCAUCGAGAGUGAGUUGAAAGCGCCCAAGAUUGACAUGAAGACUGUCUUUUUCAACGCCUUGAACAAAUUGGGGGUCAUCUCCGAACAGGAGCUCUCGUUAGAGUCGCUGAACCGGGUCUAUGGACCUCUUCAAAAGUUGGUGACCGACAACGUGCGCCGACAAGAAACCCUGAUGGCCCAGAUUCAGGAAACCCAUGAGAAGUUCGUCAAAGAACGAGGAGGCCAGGGUUCCGGCGAUGACCGUGAAACGAUGCUGAAGCAAUGUGCUGCGGCCCAUGACGCUUUCUUCGAGUUGAAGAGCAAUUUGCAAGAAGGCACCAAGUUCUACAACGACCUCACCCAACUCUUGGUCACGUUCCAAAGCAAGGUGUCUGAUUUCUGUUUCGCUCGAAAGACCGAGAAAGAGGAACUCAUGAAAGAUUUGACCACCGGGAUGGCCAACAUGAGCAUGGGAGGGGGACCCACGCCCCCCUCGCACCAUUCGAACACACCUGAACGACCGGCCCGGAAGAACGAUCCGCCUGCUAGACCUCCCCCUCCGGUGGUUCAAACCAUAGAGCCCACGCCCACUGCGGCGUCUGCGCCUCCAACCGAAACGUCACCCAUGCCGGCGGCUGGUGGAGUCUCUCCAUCGCCUAAUCCGUACGCUGGUGCGCCCCCUGGGUAUGUGCCUCCUUACCCUCAGGCGAACGCCCAUCCUGGCAUGCCCAUGGCUUAUCAGACUUUCACCCCGAUGCCUAACGGCUACAACCCAUACGCUGGCUAUCCUACCCCUGGUGCUGCUUAUCCUCCACCUGCCUAUCAUCAUCCUCAAUACCCAUAUCCGCCACAAUAUCCUCCUCAAGGAUAUCCCGGCCAACAUCAGCCGCCACCACCCCAAUAAGAUAAAUUCUCAAAUGCCUUUUUGAAUAAGGAUUUGAUGGCAAAUUUAACAUGGCAGGUUUCAGAUUGAAACCGCGGAUUCUGGCAUUUCAUUCGGCAUCCAUUUGAUCAUUUCUUAGAGAGACAAUUCAUCCCGUCUUGUAUUCUAUUUUGUCUAUUGUACAUUCAUUUAUUUUCAAAUCGACACCUUCGGACCAGAAUAAAUGGACAUUUGCAUUCAA